AUGAGAGUUGACGAAGAUGUUGAUUGGUUCUCGAUGAAUGCUAAAAUCGUUAAAUUUUGCAGCUUAGGUAAAUACUUUAAAACUGAAUAUUUUUGUAAAGCCUUCGGCACAGAUGAAGACAGCACUGGCCUUAGUUGUUUGAGUUUAAUUGUAUCUUUUAUAGCACCCACCACGAAGCCUACGUCCAAUUUGCUAAUAAAAUGCGAUACUUGCCCGGAAAACGUUGCUUGUGUGCCACAAAUUCAAUGCCCCGCACACGUGCGUAUGAUGGACCACGAAAAGCCGCAGAUUUGUGAUCUUCCUGGUGGUAGUUAUGGCUACUGCUGCGUCACUGGACAGAAUCACACAGCAAUUCGUCCUGGCAUCGAACGUACACCAUUCGCUGCUGUCCUUCCUAUGUCGGUGGUGGAGGAAUCGCGUCAGAAGUUCGAACAACUAAUGAAAAAUGUGGCUAAGCUGCCAGUUCGACGCGGUCAACCGGAAUUUUUGCAUAGCAUAACCUUUCACUCCAAUUCAUUCGAUGAUAAACAUAACUUUCAUUUGUCUAAUUCGGCUGUGCAGCAAAUUAUUGCAGGCCAAUUGAUCUCAAAAAAGGAAGAUAUUCCUGUGGAUGACCUCAUCACAAACAAUGUUCAGGUAGAUUUUAGGAAAACUCCGUUGGCACACCACUGCUCUGCACCGCACAAGUGUGCCGAUCCGAAUGCACGCUACCGUACCUUGGACGGCACCUGCAAUAAUCCGCUGCCCCAUCGUUCGCGCUGGGGUUCAUCUGGUCAGCCAAUGGAACGUUUACUACCACCAGCUUAUGAAGAUGGCAUUUGGACGCCGCGUAUGCAUUCCGUGGACGGAUCUGAACUGAUGGGUGCCCGCGAAGCGUCACGUCGCUUAAUGGCAGAUGUAUACAGCCCGCAUCCAAAGUACAACUUGCUUGUGAUGCAGUUCGGUCAGUUCUUAGCUCACGACGUCACACAAUCGGCUUCAGUGCGUUUAGAGAAUGGCGAGUUGGUAGAAUGCUGUACAGCAAGUGGAGCUCACCCUUUGCCGCCACACAAACGUCACUUUGCCUGCAUGCCGAUUAUAGUGGAGCACGACGAUGACUUCUUUAGCACCUUCAAUGUGAGCUGCAUGAACUUCGUGCGCCUAUCCCUCGCUCCCAAUACAGAAUGCAAAGUGGGCUAUGGCAAGCAACGCAGCAAAGUGACACACUUCAUUGAUGCUUCCACGGUGUAUGGCUCGAAUGAGCAAUCGAUGCGCGAAUUACGCGAGUUUCAUGGCGGUCGACUUAGUAUGUCCAAUGACUUUGGUCGCGAGCUGUUGCCAUUGAUUAGCGACAAAAAUGCGUGUGAAAGCGAUGAUCCUGGCAAGACGUGCUACAAAUCGGGUGAUGGACGUACAAAUCAAAUAAUCUCCCUCAUUACCUUGCAUGUACUCUUUGCCCGCGAGCACAAUCGUAUCGCUGGCGUUCUGGCACGCCUCAAUCCUCAGCUAAGCGACGAGAUAUUGUUCCAAGAAGCGCGUCGAAUAGUCAUUGCGGAGCUGCAGCAUAUAACUUAUAAUGAGUACCUGCCAGCAGUAAUUGGACCACUGGAGAUGAAGAGAUUCCGUUUGGCACCACAACAUCAUGGCUAUGCCAAAGGCUACAACCUCGACGUGAAUCCCGCUAUUACCAAUGAAUUUUCGGGGGCAGCUUUUCGAAUGGGGCAUUCUACUGUUGAUGGAAAAUUUCAUAUACACCAGGGUGAUAAUAAGGUGGAUGAAAUCAUCAACAUUCCCGAUGUGAUGUUUAAUCCUUCGCGCAUGCGCAAACGAUCCUUCUACGAUGAUAUGCUGCGAACCAUGUUUACGCAGCCAAUGCAAAGAGCUGAUAGCUUCAUAACGCAUGGCCUAAGCCGCUUUCUGUUCCGCGGUCAUAAUCCCUUCGGCUUGGAUUUGGCAGCUUUCAAUAUACAACGAGGCAGAGAUCAAGGGCUUCGUAGCUACAAUGAUUACUUAGAAGUGAUGGGGCACAGAAAAUUACACAGCUUUCACGAGUUACCUGAAAAUGUGUGAUGCUUUAUUUGUAAUAAUAAUGAAUACAUUAUAAAUCAUUUAACUACUUUUUAGACGAGUAAACGGCUCGCUGAAGUUUAUCAUCAUCCUGACGACAUUGACCUCUGGGUAGGUGGCUUGUUGGAGAAUUCAGUGAAGGAUGGUAUUGUUGGCAAUACGUUUGCCGAAAUAAUCGCAGAUCAAUUUUCCCGUUUCAAACAUGGCGAUAGGUAUUUCUAUGAAUAUAGCAAAAAAGUGAAUCCGGGCGCAUUCACUAUUACCCAGCUGCAUGAGAUACGCAAGGCGACGAUGGCUCGACUGAUUUGCGAUAAUGCCGAUCACUUGACGUUGAUGAAAGUGCCGCCGGCGGCCUUUGUUCGCGCCGAUUUCCCCCUAAAUGAGCCGUUGCACUGCGACAGCGUUCAAGUACCCGUCGUCGAUCUAACGGCCUGGCGCGUGUGAUGCUCGGAAUCGUGGG